AUGGCGGCAGAUAUAGGAAGUUGGAUAACGAAAGCCGUCCUACAGCAUGAUAGAGCUCAUGGAGCGAAUCUGAGUGUUCCUUGGCAAGGUAGUAGGUUUUGUCAGGUGAUCGAAAAACAGUUUCACACAUACAGGGACUCUAACAAUCCUCAUGCUCAGAUAAGAGGAGUUAUUUCCGAUGCGACCCACAGAGUACCCGUGGUUUUCGAUGUGGCCAGGACAGAUCAACAUGAGACAUCCAUCUGUGGGGUACCCUCGGAAUCUCUGACCUCUUCACUUCGAGCUGUUUUCCGGCUCACUUCUUUUCGUUUUCACCUCAAUCCUCCUCUGACCAGAGGAGACGACCUUGAGUUACCCCAAUUGGAGCUAGAGAUACUUGACUGGACUGUCGUCACGGGUGACAAGAAUGAUCCUGUGUUUUUCGAGGACACCGUCGAAGUGGGUAGAGGAAAGGGCGAUGGAGAAAUCCAAAGAGUGUUACGGAAAUGGUGGUUUGGGGAAUCAAUAACUGAUCCUUCUCAAGCUCCCACGACCCAGAGCGUCAGAAGAUCUCAGGUCAUAAGAAGAGGAGUAGGACAAUUCGAACAGUUCCUUCAACCAUAUCUUUUCUCUACGGACGGCAAAAAACCUAAACCUGUCCCUGAAUGGAUAUUCGAGUUACCUGAAGACGUGGAAAACGAAUUGAAGCGUAUCACGGUCUUUGGUCUUGAUCUACACCCUCCACCGUCCUUCUCGCAAUUACCAGAUGACGAAGUACCGUCCGGUCCAUCAGGAUCAGCUGAAUCAUCAGCCAAACUCCCCCCCGCUGGCCAAAUAAUACCACUCUCUCCUGAAACAAGAUCAUCUUUGGAACAUCCGCCGUCACAUCAAACCCCUUUAUCACAUCCUCAACUCAGCGGAGUUUCUGUUCAGCCCAUACCCACUUAUACAACUCCCAUCGAAAUAUCAUCGUCUAUCCCAGUGAAUUCUCCUCAUCCCGGUCAUGUACAAGAUCCAUCAUCAUUUUCUCCAAUACUUGUGGAUGAUGAUACAUCUAGCGAUGGUGAAAUAGCCGUACGACCUAAUGUCAAGUAUGUCAAAGUCAAACGAGGUUUCUUCGAUUUUGAGACGCUCAUAUCCCCAAAGACGGACCAUAAGACAUCUUCUGUACAUCCAAGACGACAAGAUCCGACUGAAGAUGAAUCUCAACUUUCAGACUAUGAACGUGAACAACGACGAUACGCUAAGUCUCGAGCUCUACCCUUACCAGAGAUCGAAAACAAAACACAAUCUCAACAGCCCUCUGUCCCUUCCCAGCAAGGACCACAAGAAGAUGUCUCGCAAUCACUGUCAACUUCUCAAAAAUCUGCAGUGGAGUACAGUCUUUCACAAUAUGUCAACAAACAGGUGAACAUGUUAGUCCUUGAUCCCUCGGUCGUCCGUGCAGAAUUAAAGCAUCUUCCAACGCCGAAGAAGACGACAAGCUCCUCGCCUAUAGACCGGUCUAGUCUUUCUCCGAGACGUACACAGGUCAAUGGUCAUGAGACCCAAAUAAUCCCUGCCAAACGUCCCGGGCCCCGUGAACAGCCACCAUCACAUCCUCGGUCAAGCUCCCUCGGGGCAGACAAUGCUUCAUCUCCAUCUCGACGGUCACCGGUGAGAAAAAAGCCAAAGUUGCAAAUAUCAUCUUUGGAUCCCUCGACUCAAAGUACGUCGCCAACGCCACAUUCAGCUACUUCCUCGGCCUCAAGACCCCAUUUAAGUCAAUCGCUACCUCCUCGAGCUAAUGAACUUGAAGAUGCAAGGAAAGACGAAUUUAGCAGUCCCAUAAGGGUCUCAUCGGGGGAAGAAAAACGUGGAAUGUUAGGAAGAUUAGUAGAUUGGACUUUGGGAAGAGGAUCGGUCAACCAUAACCACGUUGAAGUCAAACAGGAAGCUCAAGUUGGGCCGGACGAUCAGGACGUCACUAUGGAAACCGGGUCGAAUGAUGAUAAAGAGCUAUAUGGGUUGAUCGAAGAUGAUGAUGGAGAUCCGGACGAUUUUAGUGUUAUGAACGGUUCGGAUAAUGGAUCAGUCCCAAUAGGAAGGACUGUUGGUAUGAGGACCAACGCACCUUCGGCAGACAGUGAGGAUUCAGAAGAUGACCGUUCAUACGUCGGGAAACAAACAAACAACGAGGCUAGGGCUGUAACGGACCGUGAAGAUCAGAGAGUUCCAGGUGAUGAAGAUGAAGAUGACGGACAAGACCAAGUGCAGAACACUGGAGAGCGUAAAAGUCAAGGCCAAGCCGAUGACCUGGAAGAUAGGAUUGACAUGAGUGUAGGUAACGGAGGUGAUGAUGAGGGAAGAGAGGGGUACAAUGUAGGAGCGAAAGAUGCGAAUAUCGAGGAAGAUCUUGAAGAAAUACCACCAAACAUACCUACGAGUUUCAAGGACACACAUUCCUUAUUAUCACCAAAACCUUUGAUUCCAUUACCUGUUACCCGGGAGUCAUCUGACCCUCACUCGAUGUCGGUCCACGAGGACGGAUCUAUGGAGACAAGAUCCGUAAUGUCGCAAAGCCAUACCUCUGCUGUCCCGCUUUCGACUGAUCCUACACAAGCCGCCACGACCUUGCAUGAAGCUUCCUCCCCACCUUCCCAUAUUCAAAAACCUUUCCCAGCUACUCCUCAGGCAGCCGUGCGACAUGUCGUACCUCUUCAUAUACCUUCGUCUGCCAAGUCAAAAGACGAGAUGUCAACGAUUGCAAUUCCGAAAACCCGGACCAAACUCGGAGGAUUCAAACUUGACCUCAAUCCUCCUUUCGGUCUACCCACUUCUGUAGUUACGAAAAUGGCUUCUCGAGCGACUGAAGUGCGCUCAAGGGCGAGUACGCGGAUCUCUCGGUCUUAG